AUGUCAAAACGCUCAAGUAGUAUAAUUGAGAACAAUGAUCCCGAAAUUGAAGUCAUAAUAGUAAACACCGUUAAACCGGUUGAAAAACGUAAACCAAAUAAAACUAUGAGUAUUGAAGAACAAGAGUUAUUAAGAAAGAUUGACAUAAGAAUCAUUCCUUUAUUUUCAGCACUUUGUAUAUUAAGUUUCAUAGAUAAGCUUAAUAUUGGAAAUGCAAAAUUGGAACAUAUAGAAGAAGAUCUUGAGCUAACUCCAACCCAAUAUAACUGGCUUUUAAGUGCAUUCUUCGUAGCUUAUGUAUUAUUUGAAGUACCGUCAAAUGUUAUGCUGAUGAAUACCAAGCCUUCAAUUUGGAUUUCAUCUAUUAUGCUUGCAUGUGGUAUAAUAAUGAUUUUUACUGCAGCAGCAAAAGACUUUCCUCAAAUCAUGAUUUUAAGAUUUUUGUUGGGUAUGUUUGAAGCUGGGUUUUUUCCAGGCGUCAUAUUUUACAUUACGAAAUGGUACAAGAAUUCCGAAGAAAAUUAUCGAAUUAGUUUAUUUUGCUCGGCUGCUACAAUUGCUGGUGCAUUUAGUGGUUUAAUGUCAUUUUCUGUCGCGACUUUUUUAAAUAAAAUCAAUGGAUUAAGUGGUUGGCAAUGGAUACUCAUAAUUGAUGGUGUGUUUAAAUGCACUAUUGCAUUGUUCUCUUACUAUUUAAUCCCAGACAGUGCAGAAACUGCCUCUUGGCUUACAAAAGAAGAACAAAAAUUGGCCGUCGAACGUUUAAAUGAUGAACCUUCACAUGCUCAUGAAUCUUAUAGUGAAAUUCAUCAAAUUUUGGACGCUUUUAAAGAUUGG